AUGAGUGCAAGUCGCAACGAUGACAUUUACCAAAAGAAGCCCCAGUUUCUGACACUCCCACCAGCCAACGGUGGCACCACAGUGAUUCAAAUUCCCUACCAUUCAUCCCCUCCAGCAGGUCCCACCCACAAGGCAUUGGCAGGUGUCUUGUUUUUGAACGGAUUUCGAUCCUCCAUGAACGGCAACAAGGCUUGCACGUUGGAACAAUACUGUAGGCAACAAGAACAACACUCAUCAAAGGACUCAUACUACAGUAUUGGUUUCACCAGACUUGAUUAUCGAGGGCAUACUGAGGAGGAGUUAUUAACAAACAGCAAUGCUGAUUAUUUCGCAUCUCUUGGAAUGACCGACUGGAUUCAAGAUGCUCGUGCCAUGCUUCAUCAUUGUGUCGCAGAACAGAGCGGACCACAAGUGCUAGUUGGGUCGUCGAUGGGAGCUUGGAUUGCCCUUCAUUUGGCAUUGCUGGAACCCGACAAAGUGGCAGGAAUACUGGGCAUUGGGGCCGCGCCAGACUUUACACGGGAUAUCUGGGAGGGAUUGACAGAGGCACAACUGCAAGAGCUAAGAGACCGGGGUCGACUAUUGAUGCCAUCCCAGUAUUCCACCACUCCCUAUCCCAUCAGUCAACAUUUGCUUCAAGAUGGAUCCAAGUGGCUGUUGUUGUCACAUUCACAAGAAGACCAAAACACAGAAGGCGCUACUGCCACGAAUAAUGGUUCUUGCAACCACACUGCGCACAACGACGACAAAAGUGGCAAGGCAACAUCUGCGCAGUCAACGAGCUCUGUGAUCAACGUUUCGUGCCCUGUACGGUUGGUUCAUGGGCAACAAGAUGUAGAUGUUUCGUGGAAGAAAUCGUUACUGCUGGCAGAAGCAAUUGCAUCCAAAGAUGUGCAGGUUACUCUAAUCAAAUCGGGUGAUCACAGAUUGUCCACUCCAGAGGAUUUGGAGCUGAUUUGCCGGAUAUUGGGCGAUCUCAUUACCACCAUCACCGCAACCAAUGAAUGA